AUGUUGACUGAACUACAUGCACUUCAUAUAGUGUUUAUAACGGCCUCGCAACCCAGUGCCUGGCAACAGGAUCUCUAUGCUUACUGUUUUCGGGAGGGGUUCAUCAAUGUGCUGCUCAUCCAUAAACUUAAUCAAACAUUGUCACUUUAUAGUUACAAUCCGUAUCCGGAAAUACGCAUCACAAAACUGGGACAAGUUGGAGAUUACCUCAAUAGAUGGCACCAACUACGAGACCUUCAGCAAUAUCCAAUUCGCAUAAUUUCCUUUGAAAGUAUACCACGAACUUUUCGGUACGUGAAUCGUCGUGGACAGUUGGUCCAAUCAGGGUAUAUGCAUCAUGUAUUCUUGGAAUUUGCCCGACGUCACAAUGGUACAGUCAUGAUCCUAAAGGAGCUAAAAUUUUCGGAAAUAUACGAAAAUUAUUUGGUCUACUUGAAAAAUAAGACCAUUGACGUUAUCUACAAACCAAUGGAGUCGGAGUUGGGUACAUCAGGCACCACGUCACUGUAUUUACUCAAAAUGCAUAUUAUGGUGCCUCAUGCUCGACCCAUUGCCAGCUAUAUUUACCUCACACGCCCUUUCACUUGGACUGUUUGGCUGGCAGUGAUUGGUUCAAUAGGAUACGGGAUGCUUAUGCUUUGUAGAACCAAUGGCAAUAGAGGCCCUGAGAUUGGGAGGCAUUUUUUGCAUAGCUGGUGUCAUAUAUUGUAUGUGGCUCAGCCAAUGAUCAACAUCGCGAAUUGGCAACAGUAUGCGAUACACUUUAUACUGAUCAGCAGUGGACUUAUUUUGACAACCUCUUAUCUGGCGCAGCUAUCAAGUAUGCUUACAGCGGGUCUGUUUGAGCCACAGUACAAUACUCUCGAGGACUUAGCUCGUGCACCAUAUAAGCUUAUAAUGUCCGAAUACUUUGCGAAUUAUUUAAUGCAUUCGGAUUCUGUGCCACCUGUAGUCCGGAAUCAUAUUCAAACUGUACCUUCAAGUGUUGUGGAAAAUGCUCGCCUAUCUCUGAAUACUAGCUUUAUGUAUAUUGGCUAUUCUGAUCGCAUUAGAGGUAUUCUGUAUCAACAGCACUUGCUGAAAGUUCCACGGUUCAAAAUGAUGACGCAGAGCUUGUGCGAUGGUCUCAUGUCCUUUCCAGUCGCCCCUGGUUUGCCCUACCUGAAUAUACUUAAUAUUUAUAUCAGACGCAUUUUUGAGAGUGGCAUAUUGAAAAAGAUGAGGAGCGAUUCUUGGCGAGAUGUAGUUAAAAGCGGCAUAACUAAGCUAAUGAGAGGUGAUGGAGUGGAAGAAAAACACUAUGAUUUGGAGUUCUACUUCUAUGUGUUUGCCUUAUGGGCUAUCGGCUUGGGAUUGUCUGUACUGUGUUUCAUUCUAGAGUUACUCAGAAAGCGAAUGACACUACAAAAUAGUCAGACGAACGAGGGUCAUUUCAAUUGA